AUGGGCGACCACGCACUCCGGCUCUCGGGCGACCGCGGUGGCGGCGACGCCGCCGCCCCAUCCCCGCCUCCGCCCUCCUCCCGUGCUCCCCCGCUUGGCUGCCCCUUCCCUCUCCAUCUCCGCCGUCCCCCGCAUCCCGCCUCGCACCUGCGUGCUCGGGCGGCCCGCGCUGGGCUGAUGUGGCGGUGGAGGAGGACCGCGCCGACACGGCGGCGGCCGCAGCCGGGGUGCCCCGCCCGCUCCGGUGUUUCGGCGACCGCCUCGCGGAGGCCGUCGCUUGCUCCCUCCCUGAUGCGCCCAUGGCUCUCUCCCCGGCUCCCUCCCCUCCCCUUCCCCUCCCUCAUCCCCUGCAGCGCAGGCCGAACCGCCCCGCUGCACCACCUUCCCCACAGCGCCAUGGCGCCAGCCGCGGGGCUGGCCGCCGUGGUCGUGGGGCCCAGGCUGCGUCCUAGGGGUGGCUGGACGUGCGGAUCUGGGGUCGGCCGCGACCUCCUUGCGGCGUGCCUUGCUGGACGGGCUGGUGCCGCGGCAUGCCUUGGCUCCCUCGCCGUCCGUCCCUUCCUGUGGUGCUCGUGGAGCUCCCAAAUUCCAGGCUUUUCGCCCCUCUGUGCCUGCGCUGGACGCGCUCCCGGCGGUGGCGGCGCUGCCGCCCCCUGCUGCCGUUCCAUGAGGGGAAACCCUUCCCUCCCUCCUCGGUUCCCCAAGUGA